UCUGCUACCAUCACGUGCUCUCCUAUCCUUCUCUCACCUUUCUUCUCUUCUUCGAUCUUCUUUCUCUUUCUCUCUGCACCCUUUUCCCCAUCUUCCAUCGUUAUCUUUUUUUCGCCUUCUUCCAAACCUCUGCAAAUCUUAUCCAAUCUUUUGGUCGUUAAAGGAUAGAUAUAUACUUAUCAAACUAGCUAGUAGUUUUGUCCGUUGGUUGACAAAGAAAGAAACCUUUAUAUUAUACCUCUCCAAACACAUAAAGCUAGCUAGCUACCUUCCUUCCUUCGUUAAUCACUAUUAAUCGUAAGUCACACUCACCAGACAUGGAGAACAACAAAAAGAAAGUGGCAGCAGGUUCUUCCUCAUCAUCACUCACCAACUUUGAUCAUCUUUUUGGUCCCAAGGACCCCUCCACCACUUCAUCUUCAUCCACCAGCAUCUUUGGCUCCAUUUUCCCACCUCCUUCCACUGUUGGAGGGAGAGAUUCAACAAAACAAGAGAUGGGAUGCAAAAAUUAUGGAGCACCAGGCAAUUACGGUUACAAAGGUGAAAACAGCGGUGUCUCCAACAAGAAUGCCAGUACCAAUUAUCAGAAUGAGCCAGUGGAGCCCAGUAGUUACUACAGUUCAUCAAUCUUUUAUGGUGGUCAAGAAAAUUAUUCCCCAAGAACCAGGACCACUGAAUCCCACCACAUUUUUAAGAAAGACAAGGAAGACGAUCAUGACCCAAAUGGUAACGAUUCGAAUAGUGCUUCAAGAGGGAACUGGUGGCAAGGUUCUCUUUAUUAUUAACCUCUGCGAAUGUAUGAAAAGCUUCCCAUCCUGCGGAUCAGGAUGAUAUAUAUGAACGACCACAUACGGUGUACGCAGUGGCAGUGCUCUAAUUAAGUAGGGAAAUAAGACAUGGUAGCGGACACUGGAACUCUUCGACAUGUGUUGAGUCCUUUUUGUCACAGCUCGCACAUAUAAGUUUGUAGCACAUGAUAAGUCAACCCUUAUAGUAGUUAGUACGUAGUAGCUUCAAGCCAUAAUUACUUGCUGUUGUGUUCUUAUUUCAUGCAAACAGUUUCGAGCUGGUAGCUGACUUUUAGUAGUGUUCUAGAAUCAUGUGAUCUUGUUGCAUGUACUUUAACGUUUCCCGUUCUAUCCGCUGUGUAGCAUGUAGCAUUCUGUGACUUAUAAAUAAGAGCUGCAUUUA